UCAGUGUGUGCUCUCUGUUCGUUCACAGACAGGCGCAUCGCCGCUGCCAGAGACACUUCUGCGCUUCCAGAAGGGCAAGAAACGCGCAGAAGACACCGGCACUAACGAGCUGGGGACUAUUGUGAGACUUUACAGAUUUUUGGUAUCCUUCUCGCACUUUUUAAACUGUUUGCGAGGAAGUCAUCGCGCCUGUUGUGGAUUUUACUCUUUUUCUGAGAUCAUGAACUAGAGUGUUAUGCGGAGAUUUAACCGGCGGGAUUUCUAAAUUCAAAGGCAUCUGUUGGGACACCAGGACUCCUCCAUCUGUGUCUCUGAUAUGGGACUUUAGGUUUAUACCUCUCAUAUCAUCUUUAGUGGAGUGCAUUCAACUGGUUUAAAACAUUUACGCUCUUCCAGAAAUGGUGGGGCAUUUACAUUUGCAAGCUAUGGAUGACAGUUUGAAAGGAAAGAAUCGGGAGGGACUGCUUGAUAGUCCGGAUUCAGGACUCCCUCCAAGCCCCAGUCCGCCCUUCUACUCUCUGUCACCGGGGAUCCUCGAGUCGCGCUCCGGCAGCUGCUCGACCCCAAAUGAGCUGCAAGGAUACUGCAGAAAGGAGAGCCGGGAAGGCAAACUGUUGCCGUACUUGCUCCUGAACUCUCAAGGUCCAGAUGCAAAGUCACGCAUGUACCCUGUGGUCUAUGGAGAGAGCAUUGAGGUCAACCCCAAACCAGAAAAAGAGAUCAAGUUCAACUCUGCGGUGAAGUACGCUUCAGACAGACACUUCCGUGACCAGGUGUUCUGCGCCCAGGUCCCGACCGCCACAUCCUUCAGCGAGACGGUGGUGGCCGUCCAUAACUGCACGUGGCGCAGCUACAAGUCAGAGGUUCACUUUGAGCCACGGCACAGGCCGCUACACUUCCAAAGCACGACCAUCGUGUUCCCCAAGCACACCCGGAAUACAUACCGCACCACGCUGAACUACAACGGCAACAGAAACGCAGCCGGGCGCCGACGGUUUGUGUCCACAGUCAGGCUGGAGUCCACCGAGGAUGCCAGUCCAUGCAUCAUUUACACAGAAGACCUCUGAAAGACACACAUGAGAGAUGUGUUACCCCUCCCAAAUUUCAAAAACUCCCUUUGGUUAAAGAGCUACAUGGACUAAAACCCUGAUUCAACGACGGAUGGCAAGAGACAUUUAAGAAAGAAACGAAAAGUCAGUGAGGGUCAUUUUGUUCUUUGGCUUCCAGUGACAUUGGUACUUGAUAGCGGGGAUGACAUGGAGCUGAGUGUGUGUUUGCGGUCUUUACAUGUGAUGUAUUUAUGUACAUCUGGAGGUUUUUUGUUUUUAAUUUUAAUAUCCAGUCGUACCAGUCAGGUGGAGGGAAAAGCAUUUGGGGCAGUUUCUGUUGUUUGGUGAUUCAUAGGCCUUCAAGGAACCUGAGCCCGCAGAAUUCCACAAAAAGAUCUGCAGAUUUACACAGAAUGCAAAAGAACGUCAGUCCAAAUUCCGAAAGUUAAAUUAGCCAUUAUGUGUCAGAUAUACUAAAAAUUUAGCUUGGUUUCAUUUUGGUGCCUCACAUUGUUUUUUUUUUUUAAUUUGAAUACUUCCACUAAUUUGAUAAUUAACUAAUUUGUGAUGAUUGUAAUCCACAAAUAAAACCAUAGGACUUUUAUGUCAUUUUCCAUUUUAUUUAUACAAUAAGAUUCUGCCAAUAAUGUACAAAUGCAAAAACAUGGGGAGUCCAUGUGGGCCUACUUUAUCGUCUUAGUAUUGCUUACUCUUACAAAUGCUCAAACAGGAAAUAGCUCAUUAUUAAAACAAAAUGCAAAGUCUAUAGUCCAAUUUCGUGUUUUCUGGUGGCAGAAAAUGACAGUUUUCAAGUAGCAGUCUAUGGAAGCCAUGGAAUUAAAGAAUAAAGAAGUACAUUUGAGUUUAUAUUUCAAAAUUUUGAUAAAUCCUGAUACUACAAAUCACAGUCGUUCUCUCUUUUCCCCUCGGCUCAGAAUCAUGAGUUUAUAUCCCACACUUCUGCCUUUUUUUCCAUCAGAAAUGACAAGAUAUUGUUGAGUUAAAUCAAGUUAUUAAGUCCGAAAUACAAGAUAUAAACCUGCAUUUGUAAGAAAUAUAGUCAGAAUUGUGAUAUAAAAAUCAGUAAAUAUCAUGUAAAUUGUUAUAGGUUUAAAAAUUAUUUCAUGCUGUAACUGUAGGGCUAAUACAAUAUGAACUGCAUAUGUAAAUAUUAUGUAGACCUAUUGUUUAAAUCAAAUUUAUGCUUUAAAAGUAGAGUAAUCAUAGCAGGAUUCAUGCAUUUAAACAUCUGCGUUUAGCUUCAGAUGGCUUUAAUGACAGUAUUCUAUCAAAUUAUUUGCAUUCCGAUUCUGAAAUUCAAAUGAAACAAUAAAUUUUUUCUCUUAUUCUGUGGAUUUUACCCAACCUGAUCUCAUGACAAAAACGUACCUGUGGGAACUUUUUCACAAGACGCAAAAUACAUAGCGGCAUGUACGUUUUGUGACAUAUUCGAUGUGAAAUGUCCAAUGAGUGGUGAUAAAAAAGUGAUGCGUACAUUUACAUUUAUAUGACACUGGUUUUAUAUGUGCCACCGCAUUUCUGACUUGAAAUGUCCACUGAGUGACGCUAUAACUGUAACUCUCUGUGACGUUUUAAAAUAACGUACCAUCUGCACUACACCUAGACCUACCCGAUAGUAUAAACAAAAGCGGAUGUGACAUAAAAACACAAUUGCAAGCAUGCCGUUUUAGCGUUUUUCAAUCUGUCAGCUCUUUCAUCGCGAGUCAUGUUUUUCACAGGAUUCGUACCCAAGGAUUCCGAUUCUGAGCAAGCUUGUUACAUCCUAAAAGUGAAAUGUGGAGCUGUAAUCAUAACUGUGUAUGAAAAUAAUUACAAGUGCUCGCCGUUUUUACCGCCUCUAAUGUUCAUUUCUGUUGGAAAUUGCAGUGAUAUGUACUUAUUGGUACGUUCCCACAGGUACAUUUGAACCAUGAAAUCAGGUAGAUUUUACCCAUUUCCCUCCACUUGUUACCAGUGUUUUUCUGCCACCACAAAGCAUGCGCAGCUGCAAGUGACAUAUACUCUAAAUUGGUCUAUAAGCACAGUAUAUGUGAAUGAGAGCAUAAAGUCAUUAGACCUUAGUCAGGUUAGCUGUUGUAUUGAAUUUGAAACAGAUGUGUUAAUUAAUGUGUUAACCAUGACUAAGGUCUACUGGCAUAAAUCUGUAGACUAUCAGAACUGGCUGAGAAAAUAUAAACUGUAUUUAAGUUGCACUUAUGGAAAGUUUUUUUUUUUUUUUGUAAAUGUUGGUAUGACUAAGGGCAAAUCGACGUGUAGGAGCACUUGAAAGGUUGGACCAAAGAUUCAGUAAAAUUCAGAGAAAGGGAAAUACAACCGUAAAUGUUUCCUCCCUUUCUGUUUGUACCUCACAAAAACGUGAAAUAAUUUCUUGCACAAGAGUUUCAGAAGCCGCCCGACGUGCUAAUAAUUCAGUGGCCAAAAUAAGAGGUUGAAGGUCUUUGAAAUGACUGGAUUUAGCAUGUGUUAGAUAAGAGAAUUCAGCGUAUUCUGAUCUGGAAACGUGUUUUAUCUCUGAACAGAGACUCCUGAAGACUGUACGGUUUUGCGAUUACACGGUUAUAUAACGUUUGCGUUCAAUGGUAACAAGUAAUUUCUGACACUGUUGGAGCCAGUUAGUCUCAGCCAAAAUCUAGAUUACCAAACUGAGCUGCUGCCUCCUCCAGCGAGUGCAUUUCUGCUUUCAUGUAUCGCAGACUCUUUUGUGGAGCAGAGCUGUUGUUGUUUAGCCAGGCGAUGAGAUGUAACGAAGCAUUGCGCUGAGAGAGAUUUCGACCGGAGGUGUACGUCACGUCUGUCUUAUGUCUGGACUAUACACUUGCAAUUCUGAAGUGGGUUUCGUAAAUUUAGAUCUCUUACCUCAUUCAUUUUGUUUUUAUUAAUUUCUGAUUUUAUACACAGUAAUAGAGAUCUUCUGGUGAUUAAAAAUAGCGAAACAAUGACAAAGCAUGUUUCCGUCUGGUAUGUGGAUGUGUUUAAGUUUUGAGUGGAAAAGCUUGGCUUUUCCAAAAGAGUUAAGUUUAAGUAAUAUCUGUAUUACAGGAAACUAGUGCAUUAUAUUCCAUGACACUGAUGCAAAUCAAACCGAUGGAAAAAAAAAGGAUCGGGGGUUGAUAAGAGAUUAAAUUACAAGAAUGUCUGACUGAAAAUGACUUCCUGUUGACUCAAGAUGGACAUUUGAUAAGUUGAUCGAGGAAUUUUCGUAAUGUGUCGAAAGCAGAUCUGAGGGGAGAUGUUUUGUUUUUAGUUUGGUGUACAAAUGCUUUCUGCUAACAGAUGGAUUUUUGUUUGAUUUCCUAACACAAUUUGUGUUUCUGUAAAAUACUUUCCUGUUGUAUAUGUGGCAUACGGCACUCGUAAUUCUCUUUAUAUUUUUGUAUAAUUCCCAACUUAAUGGUUUUCUUUUUGGACAAUGGAUAAGAAAAUAAUUUAAGGAAAAAAAAUGUAUAUCCAAACUGAUUAAAUAAAAGCCCCAAACCCUACAA